CCUCGACCUUUUGUUAAAAUGUAAACAUUAGAUUAGAAUGGAUGAAAUUUAAAACUGGCUAUGCUGUUGUGUAGCACUAACCCUAGUGAAGACGUCCAUUUAAGUUUGAACUGUUGUUAUGUCCUUGGAGAUUAUGGACUUUAUAUUAGCUGAUAAUAGGAAACAGAAAAAGACUGUGAUAACACCAAAUACAGCCGAGCAGAACUUGUUUACUGCCAUAGGCAGGGGAGACAUUGAUCAAGUUAAAACAUUGAUUCAAUCUGGUGUAAAUCCACAAUGUCUUAUUGAAGGAUGGAAUCCAGUAACUGUAGCGUGUGAACUGAAUAAAGAACACAUUCUAGAAUUUCUAAUUGAUCUACUUCAAAAAGAGGAAGAAGAAAGCAGGCAAUUAAAAGAAGCAAAACACAUAUGUUACACCCCUUUUAUAGAUGAUCAUAAUGGACAUGGUGACACACCUUUGACAUGUGCUGCAAGAAGAGGCCAUAUAAACAUUUGUGAAGCUCUACUUGAUGCAAAUGCAUUCGUUAAUGAAACCACAAGCAGUGUACAACAAACACCAUUACUUUUAGCAAUAGAAAAUGACCAUACGGAGCUUGUAGAAUUUUUACUGUUGAAUGGUGCUGAUGUCCAGAUAGCUGAUAAUGUUAACAUUACACCACUAUACGCAGCUAUCAAAGGACAAAAUGUUUACAUGGUUGAUAAAUUGAUUCAAGCAGGGUGUGAUAUUAACAUAGGGAGUCAGGAUCAUGCUCCUAUCUUCUUAGCAGCAAGACUUGGAAGAUUGGAUAUUGUAAAGAUUCUGUCACAAGCAGGAUGUGAUAUAAACAUUGCAAAUAAGUAUGGAGUUACUCCCCUUUAUGAAUCUGUCCACAAAGGCCAUUUUCCUGUUAGUGAGUACCUUGUACAUAAGGGUUGUAACAAAGAUAAGACAGAUAUAUAUGGUGUAUGUCCUUUACAUAUAGCCUCAAUGGCUGGAGAUCUGGAGACGGUCAAACUCUUAUUUACUGCUGGUGCUGAUCUAAGAUUAAGAACACAACAAGGAUUAACAGCAUUACAUCUUGCCAUGGAGAUGAACAGGUACCUUGUAGUAGAAUACUUCCUUACUAAAGGUGCUAAUAUCCUGAGGAAGCCACAUAGUGAUAAUAGUCUUAAAAGCAUUGCCUCUGUGUUUGAAAGAAAGAAUAUAGAAACAGUUGAAGUAUUGUUGAGAUAUUGUCCAAAUCUUCCUUUACACCACUAUCCUGGACUCUCUGAUAUUUUUAGUGAAAAUGGUAAACUACUUAAACUGUUGUUCCUGUCUGGAAUCAAAACAAUGCCUGGUGUCCUGACUAUACCAAGACUACAUCCAUUUUAUGUACAAGACAAAGACUUAUCACAGUGGCUCAAAGAUUACCAGAAAAAUCCUACUUCACUCAAAUCUUUAUGUAGAAUUAGUAUCAGGAGAAGUCUUGGUAAUACUCUUUUGUAUAAAAUUAAUUCUCUGGUAUUACCUAACAGUAUUAAGGAUUACAUUUGUUUAAGAGAAAUUUGUUAGGCAAAUUUUAGAAGACAUUUUAGACAUAUUUAAUAAUGCCUUUUACUUAAAAUUUGAUAUUUUUUACGUUUAACAGUUUAAGGUAUAGAAUCUAUGCAGGAUUCCUUAAAAAUGGCGCUCAAUGGAUGUUUUUAUGAUUAAUCCAAUGGAUUUUAUAUACAUUGACAAUAGUUUCAUUUUUGUAAAUAAUGUGAAAUUGACUUCAUUUAAAAAAAAAGAUUGAGGACUCUUUCGAGUUGCCAUAAGAACUUAAAUAGUGGUUUCAAAUUAAUGUUAUCUAAUGUUUCCCUUAAAAAUACUUAUAGUUACGAUACUGUUGUCAGGUCAUUAAAGAUGGAAUAUUUUGGUAUUAAUAUUGAUCCACUCAUAGGGUCUUUGCAUCAGAAAUAAACACAUUUAUUCUAAAACCAUUUGUUGGCAUGAUACGGGUUAUGUUCUUCUCAUAUAUUUUAUGAUGGUAUGAUAAAAAACCCCUAAUGGGAUGGAUUGUGCUUGAUUUUCAUAUGAUGAAGACAAUCUUUCAAUCAGUUUAAUUGAGGUCUGGAGCUGGCAUGUCAGUAACUGCUAGUAGUCCUUUGUUAAUUUAUGUAUCAUUGUCAUUUUGCUUAGUUUCUUUUGUUACCUAUUCUGACAUCGUACUCAGACUUCUUUUAAACUGAGUUUUACUGUGCGUAUUGCUGUGUGUUUGUUUUUUCUACAUUGGCUCAAGGUAUAGGGGGGUGGUUGAGAUCUCACAAAACAUGUUUAACCCCGCCGCAUUUUUGAGCCUGUCCUAAGUCAGGAGCCUCUGGCCUUUGUUAGUCUUGUAUGAUUUUUAAUUUUAGUUCAUUUAUAUGUUUUGGAGUUUAGUAUGACGUCCAUUUUCACUGAACUAGUACACAUUUUUGUUUAGGGGCCAGCUGAAGCCAGCCUGCAUUGCAGGAUUUUCUCUUUAGUGGCCUUCGGCUGUUUUCUGCUCUUUGGUCGGGUUAUUGUCUCUUUGACACAUUCCCCAUUUCCAUUCUCAAUUUUAUUUUAUACAAGAUUUUGUGAUUGUGAUUUUAAUAAAGUAUACAGAUACCUGCAAUUAAAUAUUUUGGAUUUUAAGAAGAAAAACUUCAAGGGAAAGUUUCAUUUGUUAUUUGGUAUUUACAAUUGUGCUUUUUAUACAGGAGACAGAUUAACAUAUGUACUGCUUGUUUUUAUACGACCGCAAAAAAUUUUGGCGGUUGUAUAUUGGUAUGACGUUGGCGUCGUCGUCGUCGUCCGAAGACACAUUGGUUUUCGCACUCUAACUUUAGUUUAGGUGAAUGGACCUCUAUGAAAUUUUACCAUAAGGUUCAAUACCACAAAAGGAAGGUUGGGAUUGAUUUUGGGGGUUAUGGUACCAACAGUUAAGGAAUUAGGGGCCAAAAAUAAGCAUUUUUCUAGUUUCCAGACAAUAACUUGUGGAACGGUGUAUGGAUCUCUCUGAAAUUAUACCACAAGUUUCCAUACCACAAAGGGAUGGUUAGGAUUUGCUUUGGGGGGUUAUGGCUCAAACCGUUUAGGAAUUAGGGGCAAAAAAGGGGGAAAAACAAGGGUGUCCUGGUUAAUGGACAAAUACAGAUUAAAUGUCUUCCAAAGGUAGAUGCUAAUUUUCAACUUAAAAUUAAAAAAAAAACAUAAGAAAACAAAAUACUCCCUUCAAGCAGAUUGUUCAUGCAAGGUUACCCAAAGCUCAGUCUAGUGGUUUGUGAACAAUCAGUGUUGAUGAAAUCAGAAACCAUUUCAAGGUAAUGUCUUAUUAUAACACAAAAAAAAGUGCCCUGCCUUACAGUACAAGGAAUUUUUUAUGUUACUUUGUACAACUUGUAAUUUUUUUUUUGACAAAACACUUUUUAUUCUCUUAUUUGAUAUCAAUAUAAGUUGAUUUUGUACUUUUAAAAAAAUUUUGGUAUCAAAUAAUUAGAUGGAUCAUUCACUAUGUGCAAUAUUUUUUUUUGUAAUUUCAAGUGACAUAUCUGACAUAUUUUUAAGAUACUUAAUAUUACUUACAGUGCUUGGUUUUCAUUUAAUUUGGCAACACUAUUAGUUUAUACACUCUCUUAUCAUAAUGGUAGGACAAUCUAUUUAGCCAUAUCAAAUUAAUGUGUAAUUGUAUUUUUUUUUAAAUUUAAGAUAUUGCUUUUUAUGCUGUAUGUUAGCUAUUAUUUUGUUAUUAUUUAUUGGUGCCGUGUUUUGUUUUAUGUUAAAUAUUUUGUAGAUCUGUUACUUAUAUUACUUGUUCAUGUAUAUUUUGUAGAUCAAUUAGUGUUUGAUAAUUUUUUGUAAUUAACUGUUAAACGUGUCCCACACAUUGAAUUUUUUGAAUAUUUGAUCAUUCUUUAUAGUUUUGUUGCAUUAUUCACAACAGUUUUUAUACAUAGACAAUUAAGAGCUGGACAUAUUGUAUAGACAACUGUCUAAUGUUGAAGACUAUUUUUAUCUCCUGAGGUCUUACGGUUAAUUAUUUCUCAUCGGCUUAUACUUUACAUUUUAUUUCUAUUUGUAAAACAGUCUCACAAGUAAAAUAACAAUCUAUAAAUCAGCAUAUAAUAUAUUUUCAACACUUUCAGUGCUUACUUGCUAAAAUAAUGUUACUACCAGUGCAGAUGACAGCAUAGCAUGUAUUCUUAUUUUUUUGUUAUUCAGUAUUCAUUAUUUUUGCAAUAGUCAACAUAUGUAUAAUUUGAAGUGAAUUGAGAAAAAAAUCUUGAAUGCUUUAAAUAUUUAUUUGCUGCUUUCCUGAAAAAGUGUUUUGAUGUUCUUACCAUGGAAUAACAGGAACAAGCAAUGAUCUUAUAAUAUAUUCAUACCAUGGAAUAGCAAAAAUUAAUAGUGACAAAAUGCUUUCUAAAUUCUAGAAACAAUUACAGGUACCGUAAUUGGUCUUGUAUAGUCUGCACUGGUACAUUGUCCGCACCUCCCACAAGAUAGGUAAAAAAAAAUUUGUAACUGGUCGAAAUGUCUAAUGAAACUUCAGUAAUUUCAAAUAGUGUGUGAUCUUUUGCGUUAUAUUUUUUUUUACGACUUUGAAAGUAAAAACAUUUUCAUCCUUUUUAAUUUAGUAAAAUACUGUUAAACAUGUCCAUCACAUUAAUGUUUGAAGGAUCUUAAGCUAAACCAAAACAAAUGCGUCAGCAUGAUACACCAAAACAGAAAGAAUAACCAAUAAUGUUUUGUAGUUUAUACAUCGUUAUUCAUAAGCUGAUUCCUGGCCGACUUGUACACUUUUUUCAUUCGAUUAAAUUCAAGGGGAUUCCAGUUUAUAUUAUGCAAUGCUGUGAAAAGAAAUAUGAAAUUUGUAAUGAAGCAUUUAAUUUUGAAAUUUAUCAGUUUAUAUUGGAUUUUGAAUUAAAAUUGCAUUUGAAUAUGAAUUAGGUAAAUAUUAGUUUUGAAAAUGGUAAGGGCGCCCUCUACAAUUUCAAUAGCAAACAUGGCAAAACAUAAACAAACCUUGCGAAAUUGAGUUUUUCCCUUACUUCUUGCUUAUCCUACUCUAUAAUCCACGUCCCUGCCUGGCAGUUAUAGUUUUGGAAAAUAAAACCAUAGACUACACUGUAAGCCUGAAUUCGAUAACCAAAUAUCACCAUUACCUCAAUAUCAACAUUUGAAAUAAGAUUUGAUCAUUUAUCAAGGUUCCUGCAAUGUAUUUACUUUUUCUGAAUGUUGAAAGAUGUCUCAGUAGAAAAUGUAUGUGAUAUGUUAAAAGAAGGUGUUUGUUAGUGUAUUCUAUAAAUGAAUGUUGUAUUUGAUUUACUAGUCAAACAUUUAUUCAGUUGGUUUGGAAUAAAGUUUUGAAUAUUU